AUGGAAACUUUCUUGCAGAAUACUUUAUUUGUAAAUUUACUAACACUAACAUCCAUGGCGACUGUAAAUAUUCGUGGUGUGGACGUCAUGUUUCCUUUUUCCCCCUAUCAAUGUCAAAUGGCAUAUAUGGACAAAGUCAUAGAAGCGAUUGAAAUGAGAUUUGAUACAGCCUUGGAAUCACCAACGGGUACUGGCAAAACCCUUUCUUUGUUAUGUUCGACAUUAGCAUGGCUGCAAAAAGAGAAAUCGAAGAUGCAAGCCUCAUUUGCAAAUGUGGGUGCCCUUGGUGAAGUCAAACCA